UGGGGAAUCACUUCGAAAUUUUACUUUGAAUAUCAUGGAUUUUUUAGAUAAAAAUCCAGAUAAUAAUACCUCAAUAUCGCAACACUUAGAUAAUUCAAAUUUGAAGUGGAAGGAUGUUGAUAUCCCAGGAGAUUUGUUUUCUGAAGGAUUAAUUUCCUUAGAAGUUCUUGAUAAUGCACAAAAUCAUCAAGAUUCAAAAACAAAUUCAGUAAAACCCAUUUCGAAGGUUAGAAAUCACAAACAAAAGCCCGAAAAUGAUAAAAUACCUCAACAAAAAGAAGUAACAAUCGAUUAUGAAGAAGUUAAUAAAAAAACCAAACCUUGGAUUAACGUUUUAGGCCAAGAUUACACAAUUCCACAACAAAUUCUCGUAAAUUUAUAUAAAAAUAACUUCAACACACCCACACCUAUACAAAGAUUAACUCUAGUCCCCUCUAUUGUACACAAAAACCAUAUAUUAAUAUCCUCUGAAACGGGCUCGGGGAAAACAUUAUGUUUCGUACUACCAAUUGUAAUAUCACUCUUAUCUCAAAAAACUGAGAAUAAAAUUGAGGCUUUGGUAAUUUUACCAACAAGGGAACUAGCAGUUCAAGUUAAAAAGAUAUUCUUUAUGAUUUUAGAAGGAGUUGAUAUUAGAGUACUUUCCAUUAUAGGAGGAAUUUCUGUCCAAAAACAGGAACGAUUACUGAAGAAAGACCCAAGUAUAGUUGUUGCAACUCCUGGUAGACUGCAUGAUUUCGUGAACGAUGGCAAACUUAGAGGUCUAUUCCAGCUUAGAUAUUUGGUUUUGGACGAAGUUGACAAGUUUUUUGAGGAUAACUCAUACAAGGACGUUCAGUUAAUUGUAAAAUAUGUAAAAAAUUCAAAAAUUCAGUACUUUCUAAGUUCAGCAACUAUUUUAAAUAUGAAGGAAGACUUGAAUGGGUUAUUUAAGCUCCUUAGUAUAACUAAUCCCACAGUGUGCAUAUGUUCAAAGGAUAACCAGUUAUCAAUACCUUACGACAAGUUGACGAACAAGGUAUUAUACAAAAAGUUAUACGCAAGGUCACUAACGAAAGUUUUAAUGCCGGAAAAUUUAACAUUUCAACUCCUUGAAUCUGAAGAUAAAUAUAAAGAAGUUAGGUUGGUGGGAUAUUUGGUAGAUUAUUUGUGCAAUUUUGAGUCAAAAAAGUGUAUAAUAUUCGUUAACACGAUCACUUACGUGUACAGACUAGAGUCUCUACUAAGCUUAAUUUUCUGGAAGGAUUUACAUGAACUAAGACUUAAGAGGAAGUACUGCGCUACCUUUGAUCUUGAUACCAAGUUGGACUACGUCGCAGGAAUACACUCAAGACUUAGGCAAAAACAAAGAUUAAACCGUUUAGAAAAGUUCAGCUCUAAUAAAAAGUCCAUUUUGAUAUGCACCGAUGUAGCGUCUAGAGGAUUAGAUAUACCAAAUAUUGACAUUGUGAUCCACUUCUACCCACCAAAAAACAAAUCACUCUUUUUACACCGAUCAGGAAGAACAGCACGACUUAAAUCAGAUGGAGUAUCGGUGUGCUUUUGCACCCCAAAUGACCGAGAGUUAUGGAAGAAGUUGUUCACGGCGAUAAAUAAAAACGUGGAUAAAAUUGAUAAAAUUGAGGAAAUUCCACGAGAUAAGUUCAUGAAGCUUAAGGAUUUGUUACAACUGGCGGAAGUUAUAGAAAAGAGCGAAUUCAAGAUGUCGAAGGAAAAGAGUAUUCAAAGCUGGUUCCAAAAUGCUGCUAGAAGGGCUGAAAUAAUUCUUAGUGACGAUGAAUCCGAGGAAGAAACCAAGAGGCAGAGGAGUUAUAAAGCUAUGAAAUCUGAGAAGAGAAAGCUUUUAAAGAUUCGGUCCGAGUUUGGAAUCGACAACUAAUAAUAGUGAAUUUAAUUUUCUAUAAAUUA